CUCAGCAGAGCAGUGCCGCUGGAGAGCUCUCUUGACAACGCAGGCUCCAGCUCAGAAACAAACGCGACGCCAAAAGCCUUUUAUUUGUUUCUUUUUUUUAUUUAUUCAUUUUCUCCCUCCGGUCGCCGUUACAUUUUAAAACAAAGAUGUGACUCGGCGACAUUUCAACCCCUAUAGUGGUUUUUAUCUGUAGAAGCCGAGCCAUUCGGGCGAAUGGAACUUAUUGUUACGCGUUUGGUUGCUUUUUUAAUUGCCUCCUUUUCUUUUUUUUGUGAAGAGUAUGUUCUCUCUGAAUGACAUCGGCUACAGUCCUGCACCCAUGCUAUUCGCAGACGCUUGAAUCUUUGGAUUUAUACAUAAACCUAUAAGGAAAAGGAAGGAUUCUGCAAAAGCCAGCUUUUUUCUUUUUUUUUUUUUCCUCCCAGAGCCGGGGAUUUAAAUAGUCAGUCGGUGGAGCCCCGGAGAGAAAGAAUAGAAAUUCAUGUGGCCAUUCUCUUUAUAACCAAACAUUUAACUUUAGGAGGAUUGCAUAAUGACCAAGGAAAGACCCAAGAGGAAUAUCAUCCAGAAGAAAUACGAUGACAGUGAUGGCAUCCCGUGGUCGGAGGAACGGAUGAUGCGAAAGGUGCUUUACCUCUCCCUGAAGGAAUUUAGGACUGCACAGAAACGGCAGCUGGAUGGCGAUGGAACCACCAACUCCAAUGGUCCUCUUGCCAAUGGGCAGCUGAAUGGCGCAGUGCUAAACGGCUGCCACAAAGAAGACGGAUCCUUGCGCUCUCAGGGCCUCCAUGGGAGCAACAAAUAUGGCGAGGACAGUCCUGCAAAAAAGAGGCCUCGUCUCCAGGCUCAGCGGAAGUUCGCCCAGUCGCAGCCCAACUCGCCCAGCACUACACCGGUCAAAGUGGCCGACACAGGCAGCCUGAACGGCAGCCUGUCCGCUGCUCCGUCAACGUCCCUGUCGUCACUCUCCUCUUCGCUGUCCUCCUCCAUCCAGGACCUGUCUCGGCGCAAACCCAAGACGGAGGACUUCCUCACCUUCCUCUGCCUCAGAGGUUCUACUGCCUUGCCCAGUAAUAUGGCCUACUUUGGAAGCUCCCAGGAGGAAGAGGACCUGGAGGAGGAGGAAGAAGAGGAGGAGGAGGAGGAGGAGGUGCGGAACGGCACAGGAGUCCACACACAUGGUGCGGGAGGCAGCAGCCAAGCCUCGACCUCCUCCUCUUGCAACUCUACACCUCGCAAGGGCAAACUCCCUGCCAGGCAGCCGCUCAACGGGCACGUUUUUAACAACCACAGCAAAGCGGGGACCAGGGAGAGUCCGAGGCCGAAGGCGGGUACACACAGCAGGGACACCCCCGCUCCUCCACUCCCGCCUCCUCCACCGCCACCUCCACCUCUUCUGAGGGAGCGCAGCGAGCGGGCGGAGGCUCGGGAGCACGCAAGGGAGCUGCAGGCCUUGGCUAGCAGUCGAGGCACCGCCAACGGGCUGCAGUCGAGGAGAGCGGUGGAGGAGCUACGGAUGCAGGUCUCAAAAGUGAAUGGGAUGACGCGCGCUAGCUCGGCACAAGCUGUCAGUGGUGCCAAAAAGAACCACGACUUACGACUGCCGUCCAAAACUGUGAAGAAGUACACAGCCACCGUGUCCAAGGGCCACGUCACAUACACCAAAGCCAAACAGAAAGAACUGGGCAAGAAAACCAAACUCAGCAGCAGCAACAAACACAACAGCGCCGCCUCGGCAUCAUCGUCAGCGAACAAUCAAAAUCAGCACAGCCAGCCAGCAGCCAGCAGUAGACUGGCCAACUCAGGAAAAGCAGCGGCACCAGCCCACCACAGCAAUGCAAAAACCCGCAAACAGGUGCUACUAUCCAACGGGCUGCACAAAGCGGCGGCCAAUGGCAGACCCAACGGCAAGCUGAACGGGCAAUGGCACAACGCCUCGGCCAAGGAGGAAGGACAGAAACAGUGCCAGCAAGGCCACGGAGAGUGCCCGGGUCGAGAAGGACUGCGAAACUCCAAGCGCCGCCUGGAGGUGGUGCUUAACUCUGUGAGUACAGGGGUUGUUGCUCAGAAAGCCAAAAUAAGUGGCUCUGAGGCCAAAAAGGCCAAGCUUCAGCCUACACCAUUGGAGACGCGUAGCAGCAGUAAGAAGUUGGCCAAUGAAGAGAAAGCGGCAAAACAGAAAGGCAACCCUACCACUCCGGUUUCUAAUGGACACGAUUCAGAGAAACCUACCCCCCCUAAACAGACUCAACUUGCUACUCCACUUCCAGCCACUACUCCUACCCCUCAACAAUCACCACCUCCUACUACACCAGCAGCCAAUGUGGAGCCCGUGAACCAGCGACCCAAGCGUGCAUCAGCUGGCAAACUGAUGUUGAUACGACAAGCACAGCAGCAGCAAAGCAGGUCGCAUAGUCGGAGCUCCUCAUCCUCCCCCUCAGUAGGACACAAUACCGCACCAAACCCAAGUCGAGCCAGCACUACCUCAGACCCUCAACAAACCUUUGUCUCCUCCCCCUCCUCCUGCAACAACUCAUCCUCUCUUCCUUCCACCAACCCGCCAGGGCAGAUCAAACCAGCAGCAUUGCGGCUUGCAGACCGGGACAAGGAGUGGGAGCGUGAGAAAGAGCUGACACGGCAAAAGGAACGUGAGCAGGAGAAGGAGCGGGAGCGCCAGCGGAGCAAGGCAGAGGGCUGGGCGGCGUUGGGCGAUGUGCCUGUCUUCCGGCCAGCUCAGAGGGAGUUUCAGGACCCUCUGGUAUACUUGGAUGCAGUGAGGGAGCAGGCAGAAGUGGCUGGCAUGUGCCGGGUGGUGCCACCACAGGACUGGCGGCCAGAGUGCAAAUUGAAUGAGGAGAUGCGCUUCGUUACACAGGUGCAGAGGGUCCACAUGCUGGGUCGACGCUGGGGCCCAAAUGUGCAGCGGUUGGCUUGCAUCCGCAAGCAUCUUAAAUCUCAGGGCAUUACCAUGGAUGAGCCACCUGUCAUUGGUGGCUGUGAAGUGGACCUGUCACGUUUUUUCCAGCUCAUCAAUGACAUGGGUGGCAUGCAGCAGGUGAUGGACCUGAAGAAAUGGACCAAGCUCGCUGACCUCCUGCGCAUCCCCAAGUCAGCGCAGGAUCGGCUGGCCAAGCUGCAGGAGGCGUACCUCCAGUACAUCCUCUCCUAUGACUCUCUUAGUGCUGAGGAGCGACUCCGGCUUCUGGGCGAUGUGCUGCAAGAGAAAAAGAACCUGGAGUCCCGGCAGGGCCCCUUGGAAGGCCUCUCGGAUUCUGCUGCUCACGCUUUGCCACGUUAUGAGCCCAAAAAUGGGCUAGUGGGCGGGAUCGUCGGAGGGACGCCCGGGAACCACCGCACCAACGGAGUGUAUCACCGUCUGAAAUGUCUGAAGGAGCUGGAGGCUCAGGUCAAAGCGGGCCGGCGCCGGCUCUUCGCUCAGGAAAAACAAGGCAAAGAAGACAGGCAGAAUGGAGAGCAGCAGGUGGAGGACGAAAGGGGCAUUCUCAGUGACCAGUACAAAUGUAUUUACAAGGGGAAAUCGGUGUCCUUGACCAACUUCUUCAGGAUAGCCCGGAACACCAUGACAAUGUGCUUUAAUAAAGAACCUGGUGCUGCUGAGGUUGAGCAAGAAUACUGGAGGAUAGUGGAACAGAGAGACGUCCACGUGGCCGUCCACUGUGGAAAAGUGGACACCAGUACACACGGCAGUGGUUUCCCAACAGGAAAAUCAGAGCCAUUUUCUAAACAUGGAUGGAACCUCACUGUCCUCCCCAAUAACUCUGGAUCCAUACUGAGGCAUCUGGGUGCUGUGCCUGGGGUGACUAUUCCCUGGCUAAAUAUAGGCAUGGUCUUUUCUACCUCAUGCUGGUCUCGAGACCAAAACCGCCUUCCAUAUAUUGAUUACUUACACACUGGUGCUGAUUGCAUUUGGUAUUCUGUCCCUGCUGACGAGAAGGCCAAGCUGGACAAGGUGGUCCAUACACUGCUUCAAGCCAAUGGCACCCCAGGACUAGAAAUGCUGGAGAAGAAUAUUAUGAUUUCUCCAGAGGUGCUGUGCCGCGAAGGCAUCAAGGUUUACCGUACAGUCCAGCGGAGCGGUCAGUUUGUGGUCUGCUUCCCCGGUGCCUUUGUCUCUAAAGUGUGCUGUGGCUACAGCGUGUCUGAGACCGUGCACUUCGCCACACCACACUGGAUGAACCUGGGUUACCAGGCUGCAAAGGACCUGAAAUUUCGUUGUAUAGCCAAGCCCUUCUCCAUGGAAAAGCUACUGUAUCAGAUCGCCACCGCAGAGACCAAGAGGGACAACGGCCUUCUCCUCUCCACCAUCUCCGCCCUACUCAAAGACCUCAGGAACAUAGAGUUUCACCAACGUCAGGAACUUUUUAAGGCGGGUCUGUUAUCCUCUGCCAGGUAUGGCACACAUGAUGGCAACUUUGGGCCUGUCGAUGGGCGCAAGAAGCCCCGUGGGAAAUGGCUGGCACUGGAGUCCUUAGAGAGACGCUGCCAAAUCUGUCAGCACCUGUGCUACCUGUCCAUGGUGGUUCAGGAGACGGACAAUGUGGUUUUCUGUCUGGAGUGUGCACUACGCUAUGUGGAGAAGCACAAGUCCUGCAGGGGCCUGAAGAUGAUGUAUCGAUAUGAUGAGGAGCAAAUCAACAGUUUGGUGAACCAAGUGUGCGGACGGGCCAUGUUAAAGAACGGAGGAGUCGGCAUCGGAGGAGGAGGGGCCGUCAUCGUCGGCGGAGGAGGAGAAGGGGGGGACUCUUGCCACACGCUAAGCCCUGCCAAAGCAUCACCAGCCAAGCGGGGCCCCCGAAAGCGCGCCACUGUAGAGGUGUCCCUGGCCCGCCUGUCCUCCAUCCACAUGCCGAAGGCGGCGGCCGUCUCCUGAAGCGGAGCGAGGUUCUUCUCCAACCUUCUACUUCUGUUUAGUUUCUACAUUAAGAAGGAUCACUAUCAGCCCCCACCCCCACACCCCCCUAAACUGAGCUCAGUCUCCAUUUCACUCACCUCUCUUUUAGUGACAGCUUGUUUCUGGAAACAGGAAAAUAAAAGCAAAGCAAGAUGUCUUUUUUGCACUAGUGUGAAAGAAGAAUUAGUUUUUAUCUUGAGUGAUAUUUUCUUAUUUUGUUUUAUGUAGUCACCCCCCAAUCCCCCCACGAACUCGCUCAGAAUCAACAGUACAAGCAUUAACAUACAGAGAAAGACUCAGCAGGGCCCCAUUUUUAACCCCUCCAUCCUUAGAAUUAGAAUGGGUUUCAUUUUUCUUGCAUCACUAGAUCUUGAGACUGAACCCCCCCCUCCCUGGAAUGAAAUUGACGCCCCUCCCCACCCUUUUUGAUUUGUUCCUCCAGAUGAUCUUGUUUAGUAGUUACCCAAAGUUUCUCUCUCUGUCCUCCAUUGUGAGGAAGACGAGUCCUAUUAUUGAAUUUUCUGAGUUUUGGGAUGCAUUUCCUGCAGAUUUUUCUCUAAAGGAGGUGAUGCAAGGUUUAAAAACUUGAAAGACGAUGUUGGUUGCUACAUUUUAUUUUUUAACUUCUAUUUCAAAUCUUUAGCUUUUGUUUUCUAGGUUUGCUUUUGUUUUUCCUUGUAUUUUAUUUUAUGUUUUUUUUUUUUUUUUGUCUGUCGGUGGAAGUGAGCAUAGCGGCGCUUCACUUCCAUGUCGACGCAGAGGGAUCUCCGGUCAGACGUCAUCGGUGCCUCACUCUUGGCAAGGAGACCCCUUUUAUUGGUGCUGUUGGUAAAAAUUACUGUAUAACAACGCAAAAAGUAAAAAAAAAAAACAAGAAAAAAAAAAAAAGUUUGAGGGGGCGGUUGGCGCCUGCUCUCCCCCUCUCCCUACAGGUCAGAAAGGCUUUCAGGCUUUUCUGGUUCUAGAUGUGCAAUCGUGUUAACAUUCCAUUCUUCCAGUCCUCUUGUUUCAUCUGUACCAGUAAACAUUAAUUAUUAUAUUAUUUAGUUGUUUUUUUUCCCCCCCAUUUGUUGAGCUGAUGUUUUAUCUCAAGUAGAGCCACUAGUUAAUGAGUGUAAAAUGUGAAAUAUACAUUUUUCUUUCUUUGCUUUUUGCCUUUUGUUCCCCCCUUUUUUUCCCCCACCAGAUACACAAGUAAUUCUUAGAGAGAAGAAAAAGUCCAACACAAACAAACAUCAACUUUUUUGUACAUAUAUCCUGUAAAUUUCUUUAAAUACUUGAGCCUUUUUUUUUUCCUGAGGUUAAGUAAGAAAGAAAAGGAAGGAGAAGAAUGCAGAAGAGAGUUUUCCAGAGAGGAGAGUGCUUGAUGAAGAAAAAGCCUUACAAUUCCCUUUCUUCAUCUGUGUGAGUUUGAUGCUUACAGGGUUUUGCUCUGGUAAAUGUGUAUAAAAAUUUUAAGUGCUGCUUAUAUCAUUAAGAAAGAAGAUAUCGAGUAGCCAAUGAUUGCCCCCCCCCCACACACACACACCCUACACUCACUCCCCUCCCAUUCUUCUUGAACCUAGUUUUGUUUGUUCAGCUUUACUUUUUUAAAGAAAAGGGAAAAAAAGAUAUGUCGACAAAAAAGGGGUUUUUACAUUUUCAUUACUGAAAAUUCAACAAAAAUGUAGUAGCUACUCAUGUUGCACUGAGCUUGCCAGUGGUGACUGUCAAGGAAAAAUCCUAUAAUCCAGUUUGUCGGUAUUUGUCCCUUGCAGAAGACUGAACUGUUUUAGGACUAUUUAAAGAAAUACCAAGGUGUUUUCAGCUUAAAAAGUGGUUGUCAAGUUUUUAUGGCCUUACAAUAUAUUUUAUUCUUACGGGGUUUUUUUUUUGUUUUGUUUUUUGUUUUAUUGCUUAGUUCUCGUUGGUUUUUCUUCCAUUUUCUACAGUACAAACUACUUGCUCACAAUGGGAUAUCUGGUGACUUAAUUUAUUAAAGCCGCUUGUCGGCCUUUCCUCUCAUUGGGAAAGAGUUUCAUGUUGGUUAUAUUUACAGUUUUUUACUUUUGCAGUUUGUACUUAAGGUUUAAUAAAAACUUACAGACAAUUCACUGUCAGUACUUUCCAA